AUGAAUGAAUAUAAUCAGAAAGGCCUGGCAAUGAUUCCAGAGACAAAUUUUGUCUCAGUGCGCCAAAAAACAUCAUUGACUUCUCCUCCUUCCACUAAUCUGAUACAACAUCCACACCGACAACACGACGAACGUCGUUUACUGAAGGAUCGGAAUCGUAGAUUUGAACAAUAUCGGGAAAGAAAAGGUUUACUUAAUUUUGAUGUUAAUUAUUACUGUGAAAACACAACUCGUUCAAAAUAUUGUGAAAAAUUUUGA